GCGCCGGAGAGCGGGAGGCUGGGGGCGGAGGUUUUAGAGAGCGGAGCGGAAGUGCUUAUUGCCUAGCACCCGGCGUCUGCCAACCGGGGGGCCGCUCCACUGUUCUGGGCCGUCGCCUGCGCACGCCCGCGGUCCGGCUCUGCCAUGAGCCGGCCCAGCCGACUGCAGAGGCAGGUUCUUAGCCUGUACCGCGAACUGCUGCGCGCCGGGCGCGGGAAGCCGGGGGCCGAGGCGCGGGUGCGGGCCGAGUUUCGGCAGCACGCCUGCCUGCCGCGCUCCGACGUCCUGCGCAUCGAAUACCUGUACCGCCGCGGAAGGCGCCAGCUCCAGCUGCUACGCUCCGGCCACGCCAAGACCUUGGACGCCUUCGAGCGCCGGCAGGGCGCGAACGAGGAGCCAGGCGAAGCGGGGGCCCCUACGACUCAGCCUCAGAAGAGUGACGAUUCGAGGAACCCUCUCGAAUGGAGUCACCGGAAAUCCCGCGGGAUGGACGGCGACAGGCCGAAGAGCUCAGAUGGAGCAGGGAAACGGUGUGGUGGGACCAGGGAACCCGCAUGGUGGAAGGUGAGAGAUCUUGAGAGACUAGCUCGAUGGAUUGGGGGAAUUGGAGAGCCGUCCUGGCGAUGUAGGGUCUAAAGACCACCCUGACGGAUGGCAAGAUAUGCUUGCCCUUGUACUAUUCAUAGUCACUUGUCUACCCCUUCGUGAGAGUUUGGGGCGGGCUGUUUCGCCAGCUGGCUGGACUAUGUCAAGUGAGAGCUACUGCUAGAAGGCAUGGGGAGCCAGGAUGCCCCCCUCCCCGCCCCGUUGGACCGAAAGAGACUGAAACACCCUUCUCUUCACCUCUGGCUCCUGAACUCCCCUCUUUGUAUUUCAUUCUGUUUUUGUGUUUGUUUUUGCUGAGGAAUUUGAGAAGAUGCCCUGAUGGACGACGGUGAGAAGCCCCUUAUCCCUUUGGAAAACUUUCCUCCCACUAAUUACUAGGACUGGUGAGGAAGGGACUAGGACUGGUGAGGAAGGGACUAGGGGUCUCAUCCCAGCUGACAAUUUGUAGACCCCUCAAGACCUCCACACUUACUGUUUCUGAGGGCGAGCCCUGACUCCUUUACCCUUCCACCCUCAGGACUUCAAACAAAUGGAAUAAAGUUGGGGAUGUGUUUA